GUAGCUUUUGUUUCCGGCGAUAAAGGGAUAAAGCGCAAAGAUGUCGAAAGGACAAUACGUUCGAGCUCCCAUUGAACUUGACAGCGACGACUCUAGUACGGAAGAUACAGUCCCGGAGCCCUUGGCGUUUGAGACCGUAGAAAGCAAUGGUCACGAAGAUCCAAGAAAAAUACAUAACGAUCAUACGAAAGAAUCUAAUGACAGCGGUAGGAUGGAUCGCUUGGAACGUGCCUUUGUUGAUCUAACGCAAGCAAUCUUGGAUCAACAUCGCGGAGCACAGGACCGGGCAAGCUCACAGACUAGCCGAAGCAAUGAUAACUCCUGGUUCGUACCGGAAACGGCCGAUUUAAAUCGAGAACCAACUCUCAAUAUUCGAUGGGACCAUAUCAAACCGUUCCCGAGCAACGUACCGGCAAGAGAAAUGUGGGAAACCUGGCAAAAAUAUUUGGAAACAUUCGAGAUAGCAGCAUCAUUUAGCAAUGCCAACGAUCCGAUGCGACGCACUCAAUUGCUUUUUCUCGCCAUGGGUGAAUCGUUGCAAACGAUAGUACGUGCUGCUGGCCUAAGACCCAACUUAAAAGAUCCCCUGUGCUACAACAGUUUCGUACGCAAUAUAGGCGAAUACUUAAGAACAAUGACUGACAGCUCUGCAGAACAUGAGGCCUUCUUGAUGAUGCAUCAGGCUAAAGGUGAAUCAAUAGUUUGCUACCACGCACGCCUAAUGGAAAAAGUUCGAUCAUGUGGUUACCAUUUGGACGAUCAGAACAGAUUCGUUCGCACACAGCUUCUGAAGGGUAUGACCAAUCAAGAACUGGCAAGAACAGCGCGUACUUAUGGGCACGAUACCGGAGUUAUCCUACAAGCGGCAACUCGUAAUGAGUCGUAUGAAAAGGCAGACGAAGAGCGUCCAGCUGAAUCGGAGGUGUUUGCGGUGAACAGGAUUGUCUAUCCAGCAGGCGCCAAUCGUAAACGAGCAUAUCGCGGAUCGAACCACGUCGAUCAACACUCGACUGAAGCUACGCAAGGAAGAUCGAAUCUGUGCUACAGAUGCAAUCGAACAGCGCACCCAGACCCACGAUCGUGUCCGGCUAAAACUAGGAGAUGCAAUGUAUGCAAAAUGAAGGGUCAUUUUGCCGCAGCUUGUCGAAAGAGGAGUAUCAGUUCCGUUAAGAGCGCAAGUUUUCAGCCUGAGCCCAAUCAGAAUUCACCGAAACAGUCCCCAAAGAGACCAUUUGAGGAGAAGGUAUAA